AUGCGUUCCGAACUCGCUUCCGCCCUCGGCCUCUUGGCCGGCCUGCUUACGGUCGCCGAACCGGUAUCGGCUCGGCCGGACAUAUACGCCCGCUCACAACAGAUCCGACGGCAAAAUUCGGAAUGCGCCGAAGACCUAGCAGAUGUCUUGGAUAAUGCGCCGACAACAUCGAUGUCAUGGGGGGCCACGGCCUGCGAUUAUACCUCUACACUCUCAGGCUUAGAACUCUCCGUCACCUAUGCCUCAUUCAGGAGCCGAAUGUCUUCAUGGUACAGCGACGAUCUCGAUGAUAUCACCAAGCUCGAAGCCAGCUGCACGCAGUAUAGUUCCAUCUUUAAUGUCAUCCGGAACUGCUACGUGACUGGAGUCGUGCCGACCGCCGCCACAUCUACAUCAACAGCAUCAUCUUCAACGGUAGUUACUACCACGAGCACUGGGUCUGGAGGCAUUACUACGGCGACUGUGACAACGACAUCUACUCCUGACAGUGGAAGCGGCAUGGACGAUGGCGCGAAAGCUGGACUUGCCAUUGGUAUCAUCCUUGCUGUCCUUCUUCUGAUGUUCAUCGGGUACAAGUUCUUCAUGAAAUACCGCCAAAAGAAGUUAGCCGAAGCCGCAGCAUUGUCAUCACAUGGAAACAUUGGACCAGAGAUGGGAGUCGCAGCCGCCGGUGGAGCAUUGGGCGCCGCUGCUCUGGGAAGUAUCAAGUCUCGGCCAGAACAAAGCGAGAUAUACGCCUACAAAUCGGAACUCAGCGGAGAGUCGAGGCCAAUGUCCGAACUCGAUCCACGGCCGAUAUCCGAGCUGGACCCAGCAGCAGCUGUUGCAGCCAGCGGGGCCACCGGCGUCCAUCGACAUGUCGCGGAGCUGGACCCCAACCCUCCGACCCAGCUGAGUGAGCUGCCAGCGGACAACUACGACCCAACCGCGACGACAAAUUCACCUCCUCCGGCAUACAUAUCUCCGGUGACUGAUACCGGGACUCGUAACACACUUUACUCGGUGGUCUCGCCGGUGUCCCCAGACUCGAGUAUGAUGCGAUCAUCAGGACUUGGAAUUUCUACAAUUUCAGAAGCAGACGUUUCGCAGAGCGGCGAUGGUAGUGGUGCAGGAGCGGCGAAUUCUGCUGCAACAACGCAUAACGAGACAGUACAACAGGGAUGGGGCAGAGGGUGGAUGCAAAGGGACUGA